AGUGCCUGUAAGCUGUAAAAAAAAAUCAGAUCCUCGCAGAUGAGAGGCACAUCUGGGUAGGAUCUAAACCAGCUCUUUUUUUUAAAAAGAAGUUGGCACUUCGCUCCAGGGUUUUCUUUCCCCAGUAAAUGCUGGACUGGUCUUGUUUUACAACCAGGAACUGAAGUUAAUUUAGAAAUAUGUAAAGGCGUUGCUUGCAAAAAUGACGAGAAAGGGAAAACUGCCCCCACAUGAAGACAAUCACGACCUUGCAUAGUAACUUUUUAGAAUAAAUUAUAUAGAAAUUUGAAAAGGGAUUUUGAACUUGGUUAAGACACUGGAAAACCAUGCAACCAUGAGCUGCCAUAAUCUCACCGGAGCAGACAGGUUUGCGCAGUGGAAUUUAUCAGGCUCCAUGUACAACCUACCUGGCCAUGCCUUUCAAUUUGGUAAGGAAAACCUCAGCUGCAUGGAUAACAGCAGCAGUGUGGCAAAUGCUGACUCUGGAGGACAAGAGUCACUGGAAAGUCCCUACAAGACUGUGGAACUUGUAUUUAUUGCCAUUGUGACCGGAUCACUGAGUCUGGUCACGGUGGUCGGUAACAUUUUAGUGAUGCUUUCCAUCAAGGUCAACCGCCAACUGCAAACAGUGAACAACUACUUCCUGUUCAGCCUCGCCUGUGCGGACCUGAUCAUAGGUGUUUUUUCCAUGAACCUGUACACCGUGUACAUUAUAAAGGGAUACUGGCCACUAGGUGCAGUGGUGUGUGACCUGUGGCUGGCUUUGGAUUAUGUGGUCAGCAACGCCUCCGUCAUGAACCUGCUGAUCAUCAGUUUUGAUAGAUAUUUCUGUGUGACCAAACCGCUGACGUACCCUGCAAGACGGACCACAAAGAUGGCAGGGCUCAUGAUUGCCGCAGCCUGGAUCCUCUCUUUUAUCCUCUGGGCACCCGCGAUUCUGUUUUGGCAGUUCAUAGUCGGGGAACGUACUGUCCCAGAGAAGGAGUGUUACAUUCAGUUCCUCUCGAACCCCGCCGUCACUUUCGGGACAGCAAUCGCUGCCUUCUACUUACCCGUGGUAAUCAUGACUGUCCUGUACAUCCACAUCUCCCUGGCAAGCCGGAGUAGGGUGAGGAAAAACCGCCCAGAAGUGAAAAAGGAGAAGGCGACAAAGUCCACCAGCUUGCUCAAGAGCCACAUCAUCAAACAGAACAAUAACAACUCCUCCAAGCCCAGCACCGAAGUCAGCACAGAGACGGUGAAGAACGGGAAGAUGGAGCAGUCAGCCACCACGAAGGUGGAGUCUACUGUCCAGCCAGAGGAGAAAGAAAGCUCCAACGACUCCAGCACAGCCAGCAUUGCCCCAAAGGAUGCCAAAGAGAGAGCCAACAGCGAAGCCAUCUUGGAUGGACAGAACCCCCUCCCUGUGAGAAUUAACCCUGCCUCCAAGUGGUCCAAGAUUAAGAUAGUCACCAAACAAACUGGAAACGAGUGUGUUACUGCCAUUGAGAUUGUGCCGGCGCAUAACAGCACCAAUAACACAGUCCCUGCUAACCGGCCUGGCACGGUGGCACGCAAAUUUGCCAGUAUUGCCAGGAGCCAGGUGAGAAAAAAACGACAAAUGGCAGCUAGAGAGAAAAAAGUAACCAGAACCAUAUUUGCCAUCCUUCUGGCGUUCAUUGUAACGUGGACCCCUUAUAACGUCAUGGUGCUGAUUAACACAUUCUGUCAGUCCUGUGUUCCUGAUACUGUUUGGGCUAUUGGAUAUUGGCUGUGUUAUGUCAACAGCACCAUCAAUCCUGCAUGCUAUGCCCUUUGCAAUGUAACAUUCAAAAAGACCUUUAAAAACCUCCUGAUGUGUCAGUACAAGAACAUUGGCACCAGAUAAACCAGAGGGAAGCCACAUCUGCAACAUGACGCUGAAGGUUCUGAAGCAAUCUGCAGCUGCCAGUCGACAGAAUGCUUUAAAGUGUUGAGCUACACCACCAUGUCAUUCUUUCAUCCAUCACAAAAGGGAUGAUUAUGCCACGAUGCAGAAGAAUGAGCUUUUCAAAUGUCAAAUACACCUAAAAAAUGACCAGGUGGGGCUUCAGAAGAAUUUGGCAAGCAAGAAUCGCUGACUAAUAUCGAAAGGUCCAAGUGCAGAUCAGGUUCUUUUUGCAGAAACUGCUGCUACUUUAGAGCAUGACAGACUGCGAAUUAUGUAUGGAUGGCUCAGAAGAUGAAACGCCAAAAAGCAAGAUCAUUCAGCUGUUGUUUUUUGAGCCGCCCUACGACAAGACAAUAAAUCAGAGAAAAAAACACAUCCAAGGUGAUUAAUUAGGAUUCGAAAACCCUGCAGGCUGUGAAUCAAAAAACAAAGGAAAAUUUUACCACCUUCUGAAAGUGUAUAUUUCUACUACUUUAUUCCAUGCCUACUUUGAAACCCAUCAACUCAUCUCAUCAAGCUCAUAGCAAAAUAACACAUUCCAGCAUCCAUGUGCUGGUUGAACCCAUUUGACCUUUCAAUACGUUGACCAUCAAAGUAUAUGUUUAAUGAAAACCAGCAUCUCUCCCUCUGACUGAUGUGACACUGCUCUCUGGAGACUCUGAGAAAAUGUGCAGGGUGAAAGCAUUUGGGUUAGUAUUUAACUCACGAAAGGGGAACAAAAGACCUUAACAGCCUUAGAAAAAUAAUCCGUUUUGAGUGUCUGAGCUUCAGAAUAUCGUGGAUGAAGACUAAAAAGAGUUGUUUAUAAGAGAAUUAGAAUUAUUUACAGAGGACAUCUUACUGUAGCUAUGAAGGACUUUGAAUUUAGAAGAGUCCCAAAGGCAUUAUUCAGCUAGCAAAUGUAUCUUAAAAGAAAAUGGUCAGGUCAAAACUUUUAAAAUUUAGUAUGAAAACCAUUUUUUACAAUUUAAAAUUACCUUCCCUGAGAAUAUUGGUAACAUUCUACUAAACUGCUAAAUGUUGGAGCUCUUCUGAUGGACAUGCAUUCAAACCAAUGGAACUUGCUGAAGGUCAGUCUUAACAGAAGAUAAGCAGUCAAAAUGUUUAAAUCGUGUUUAAUUCUUCUUGAUCACUCACACAAAGAUUCAAAGGUGACACUGAAAUUAAAUCUUUAUCAGUCAGCUGUGACCAGCCCUGUUUCAAUUUGGAUUCUAGCAGCUUCUUUUUGAAUUACCAGCUACCAGCAAAUCAAAGACACACAAUUUAAAACAAGAAAAUCCAGGUGGAUGAAAAUUUAAAACAAGGUUUUAAGCAUGUGAAUCUUUUAACACUAAAUGGAGAGAAAUAUUUGUUUUGUAUUCCACUUUCCUGCUUGAACAAAAAUGUGUAAAUAUGAGGCCAAUAUAUUCUGUAAAGGUCUUUCCUUCCUAUGUAUGGAGAAUUAUUACAAUUUCACUUAUGUAUAAGAGUCUGGAUGUUUGUACUUCUCUUGUAUUUGCGUUCAUUGUAAUUUAUCUCUAAGUGGUAUUACUUUAAAAAUGAAUAUGAAUUGUAAAGCUACCUUGUCUGCAAAACAAAAUGUAAUGAAAAGGAAGAAAUUCUUUCUUUUAUUUUUGUUAAAAGCGGCUACUUUUCUAUAACACAAGAACAAGUAAUAUUUGAUUUGUUUUGGAUGUACUAGGUGAUUGUUUUGCUUAUGUUCAAAUAACGUUUUUUCACCAUGAUUAAAAUUUUCUAACGCCAAUCUGGUAAAGUAUAAUGACCCAACAGUUAUUUCCUGUUUAGGAGGAUGGACUAGUUUACUAAUGCAAAACAAUUUUUUUCUCUAUCCUGAACAUGGAUAAUCAACAUUAUCCUGCUGUUGUCUUAUUCCUUUAUUUUUCCUGCAAUUGACCUUAAAAGGCACAACAUCCUAUAAACUAAAAUCUGGUAAGGUACUGUAUAAAUCCUGUUAAAAAUACAACUCAAAGAAGCGAAGACUCCUAGGAUCCAAGUCCCAUUUCUAGAUAGAAGCUUAUACAGCUGAACUGAAAGCCUUAAAAUCUGUGUUUGAGUUUGAUAUGAAUUUAGUUUCAUGGAAACCAGUGAUAUAUUGAGGAAAUAGUAUGACAACUGCAUUACAAGGCUGUACUGUAUCUCCUUGUACAGACUGGUUUCCAAUUAUCUGGCACCAGGUAUGUAAUCUGCUAGUAAUUUAAAAAUGUGUCAAGAGUAUGUUGGUGGAAAAAAAAAGAAUACUUCUAAUAUGGCCGAUAAAUAUUAUGAUACUAUGCUUAAAUAUACCCAGAAAAAAUACAAUGUGCAAACAAAGGUUUUGUUUUUAUUAUUGCCGAUAUGCUUAAUAAAUAUCUUUCAGUGAAGGA